AUGGAUCCUAACUAAAUGAUUUAAACUCCAGGAUUUGGCAUCAUGAUUCCAGGAUAAAUUCCUUUUAUGAAUUUUGAAUUUAUCAAUGGAAUGUUUUGUGUUGAUCUCCCUAAUCCUGCUGCAGUUCCUAAUUUAGCCUUCUUUUUAAACGUUCCAAUCCAAGAUGGGUUCGGUGCUUCGUUAUACUAUUCUGCCCCUCCUUUUGAAUCUAUUCAUUUUAUAGGAGCUAUUGCAAACGUACGUCCUAGUGAUAUAUUUAGAACAGGAUUUCCUGUAAAGCCUGAUGUAAACUAAUGCCAAUCUAUAAAGCUAGUUGUAAAAAUGCAACCUCUAAGUGAAUUGCAAGACUUGGUUACCCUAUCAGAUAAAAUAGACUCAUAGAAGCAAUAUGCAAAACUUGUAGCUUAAAAUCUCUACAAUUUUAUGAUGAGUUAUAAUAAUGACUCUCUUGUUUCAUAAAUAUAAUCUAAUGGUAAUUAUUUGGUAAUCCCUUCUAAUUUCUUAGAAAAGUGGUAUUAAAAGUUUGAGAUGAAAUAUAAAAUGGAUCCUAACUUCAUUUAUAAGACAGAAAUGUAAUGA